AUGGCGGCAACAUAUGUCGUGAGUCCACCAAGUCAAAUCUUUUUGGAAAGCCCUCAUGUACCGCAUCGUACUUGCGAUGAAUGUAUGGAAGAGCUGGAAAUGAUUAGAGCAGCUCUACGGGCCCGACCGUCGUCAAGUGGUUCCUCACGUUCUAGAAGACGGUCAAGUGCUUUUAGAGUACAAGACAACAAUUCUAGUAACACUCCUGAUCAGCACAGACGAAGAAGCAACGCAUUAUCUGGUACAGAACUUCCACAUCGCACUGGCACUAGCUCUUCAUCCUCUCAACAAUCCCCGAAGGGCUAUGACGAUUCUUUGAUUCAAACAAUAUCUAUUGAUUAUAACGUGGAUGAUGAAAAUGCAUGCCCCAUCUGUGGUCGCAGCCUGGCCAAGUGUUCUGAGGAAGAGAAGGAAUCACAUAUCGCAGAUUGUGUGCGUAAAGCCGAGUUCUCAGGUGAGCAUCAAAGGCGUAGUAAUCGGAUGCUGAUCUAUCAGAUUCCUAAGGAAAUGGCAAAUAGCCCAUCGCCUGCUGAUGAAGCGGGCACUAUAUUUGGUACCAGUCCUUCUUCAACUUCUAGUAACCAUGGUGAAUGUGUGAUCUGUUUCGAAGACUUCGUUCCAGGUGAUACCGUUGGAAGACUGGAAUGUCUUUGCAUCUACCAUGAAAAGUGCAUAUUAGACUGGUUUAAACGGAAAGGAGCAGGCUCAUGUCCUGUCCACGCCGUUCAUACAUAA